CCCCCCCCCCCUCCCCGGCUCUCCUCACGCUGCGGGCUUUUUAAGAGGGGAAGCGCGAAGCGGGGUCGGCGGGGCCGCUGGGGCGGUGCGGCCUCCGAGGGCAGCCCCCACUGCCUUCCUGCCUUGGACUUGGGAAGGGUCCGCGCGGGGAGCCCGGCCGACUUGAGUUUCCAGCCCUGAUCAGAGUCCCCGCGCUCCCCUCCUCGCCCUCGCCCGUGCUCAUCUUUCGCCCCUUCCCCGGUGGUGCGGGAUGCCCGCGCUCCUGGGUUUCCUCCUAGCCCGCCUUACGGAGUGAGUGGGUGGCUGGCCGCGCUGUGCUGGUGCCUCAUCCCAAGUCUUCUGGGCAGCACGGGUUCCGCUAGUAAUCUGAUGCCCUUCCAGGAUGGCCCAGCCGGGGCACCACGCUCUGGAGCCCUGGAGGGUAGCGAGGUCCGCCGCAGCCCGGGAGGGUCCACUUUCACUUCUUUUCCUUUGUUUCUGGGUUUGACUUGCUUGAAAAAGGAACGUUGGGGAUAUUUCGCAAUGGCUUCUGCCCCCCGUUCUGUAGCAGACCCAGCUUCUCUUAAAGCUGGCAGGGGAGUUUCAAGGAGCUGAUGGCGCCUGCUCCCUGUGCUAUCCAGCUCUAGCUGCGUGGGCAGUGGAGGCGGGCAUCGGGGAAGGGCGGGGUGGGAUGUGGGAAGAGGAAGGUUCCCAGACCCCGGUUGGGAAACUCUUUUCAGUCGGCUCCUUGUGGCUGCCUGCGGUGGCACUCAGGUGUGUGGGGCGGUGCUGGGACUAGGAAAGGGAUCAGAAACUCUUCCACUGGUCAAAGGCAAGCUUGAGUCCACCUCUCUGAAAGCCUGUUGUCUGCAAAGUAGGAUCGCCAGGAAAAGGUUACCAGGUUACCAGGUGACCACAAUUUGCCAGGAGAUGCGCUGGUCCAAAUCCAGGGUUUCCCAACUGUUUCCUCCUCUGGUGGCCUUUAUGUCGCAUGCACAGGACAGCAGGACCGAGCUAACUGUUGUUUUAAGACAAGAAAGAAAUUGCCUGUUUACAAAAUUAAGUUUGAUGUCUUAUAAACUUCCUGCAUAUAACUACUCUUUAUUUUCAAGUUUUGGCACGUUUUACAAUUGAAGUUGAAGUUCAGAAUAAAAAGUCAGUUAUGACUUUUUUCUAGGUAGAAUGGCAGGUUUUAUCCUGGGAAGAGGGCUGGGAAGUUUUUUUUUCAGCUUGCUAAUGGGACAUACUCCAUGUAGAGGGAAUCUGUGUAUCAUUCCAAGUCGCAAAAGUCCCCGAAAUUCACUUGUUAGUAAUUGCUGAAGGAAAGUCUCAGACGGUGAUGAUGAACCCACGGCUGGACUCCCAAGCAGCGCUUCUCAAGACUUUGCCACGCUUGCCGUGUCGUCCCAUUUUCCUCUGGUGAGGUAUUUCAAAGACAGUCCGAUGUGUGCCAGAAACUGAAGUUCAUGUUGGUCUGCCUGAAAACCCUGAGUGCGAUGAGCUGAAGGUCGUGGUGAAGGGUCAGGUCUGAGCAGGUCUCAGCAGUCUGUCCCCUGCUGCCCCAGCUCUUCUGCUCGGAGUCUGGGGAUCUGCAUUUUCCACCGGCCUCGAGAUUGCUGGCCACACGUUGUGAGAGCAGCUGCAGGAGAGGCCACUGGCCAGGGAGGGUGAGGGGUCCACCAGGCCAGGCUCCCCUUUGUCUUGGGGAGGGGGCCCUGAUUGGGCAGACACAGCACCCCUCCCUGGCUCCACCUGCCACGUGGAACCACUCAGUCUGCUGUCUUCAAUUUUUUUCUGUUGGUCACCCCUUGUUCUGGAGGCUGCUGUGCCUUGACCACGGGGUUGACACUGCUGGCCUGCUUGUCCAUGGCUCAGGAGGGUUUGAGCAAAACACCAUUGACCCUGAGGAGUUGAUGGGGUGUGACUCAGCAAGACCUUCUGGCUAUCUGGAGUGGACGGAGGUGUGUAAUACGGAGGUUUGUUCUGGAAACACGCUUGUUAUCCAAAGCACCUGCAUCGCAAAGCGAAUUUCCCCAUAAGAAAUACCGGAAACUCAGAUGAUUCGUUGUACAACCCAAAUAUACUCAUAUAAAAAUGGUUACGGUGCUGUAAUACAACAUAAUAAAAUGCAGAUUACAAAGCUGAAUUAACCUGCCCUUUGAAAACCCUCCUGGCUGGUGUGAGGGGCACAAGAGAGGAGGGUUGCUGUGUAGGACGACUUUUAUCACUGACGGAAUCAUUGCUCUCUGUUGGCUCCAUGGAAUCUUCCGUGCAACUCCAACAAAGAACCUGUCCGAUGACCUAGAAUGAAGCAAAGGGUUCCUGAGCUCCCUCUUGGAUGGAAAAGCAAAGGACGGUCCAGAGGUGCUUUGAAGGGACAAAAAUACACCAGUGCCAGUUGUGGGCACCUUCCAACGUCCUGAAAAAUCACUGAUUUCUUCCAAACACCGCGGCCUGAGACCGAGCGUCUGAGCAUGGGAGAUGAUCACGCACAAUCCCACAGCGAGUGAGCAAGAGAGAGAGAGAACUAUUGGCCAGUUGUGAUCAUGUGACAUCUGGCGGCACGUACUGCUCAUAUCGCAGGACGCCGCUCGUGUAUCAAGUUAAAAUUUAUUCGAAAUGUUUACCGGUCUUGCAGAACAAGUUACUCGCAGUCCAAGGUUUUACUGUACUCUCUUGUUGGGAACUUAAUGGGCAGGAUGUUCGCACGAGGGUUGAAGAGGAAGAGCUCGGAGGACGCAGAGGACGCCGACGGGGGCGUGGCGGGCCUUCCGGCCGCCCCCUCCUACACCCUGCAGCGGCAGUCGCUCUUGGACAUGUCCCUCGUCAAGCUCCAGCUGUGCCACAUGCUGGUCGAGCCCAACCUCUGCCGCUCGGUCCUCAUAGCCAACACGGUCCGGCAGAUCCAGGAAGAGAUGACCCAGGACGGGACCUGGCGGGUGGUGGCGCCCCAGGCCGCAGGGCGGGCACCCCUGGACCGCCUCGUCUCCACGGAGAUCCUGUGCCGCUCGGGGCGGGAGCAGGAGGGCGAGGGAGACUGCCCCCUGCCAGACCCGGCCCCGGGACAGGCCCCAAGGCGCCCGCAGAGCAGCCCCUGGGGACUGGACGGCUCCCGGGAGGGCAGAGGGGGCUUUCAGAAAUCGCUGGAUCACAUAUUUGAAACGCUGGAGAAUAAAACCCCCGGGUCCGUGGAAGAGCUGUUUUCGGACGUGGACAGCUCCUACUACGACCUGGACGCAGUGCUGACCGGCAUGGUGGGCGGCGCCCCCACCGGCCCCGGGCUCCCCGCCUUCGCGCCCACGGCCGCUGCGCCCCCUAGUUCCACCUGCAGGUCGGAUCUGGGCGAGCUGGAGCACACCGUGGAGAUCCUGGUGGAGACCUGAGAGGGCAGCCGGCCCCCAGUGGGACUCGUGGCGGAGGGGCCCCUGCGGCCUCUGGAGUGCGUGGCCUGGGCGUCUGCGGGCUCGGCCCCUGGUGUGUCUGCGACGGGGAGAACGUUCCAGAACAGCAUCCCGUUGCCCUGUGCCCUCUGUCCUCCUCCAGCGGGCUGGGCGGUUUCCUUCGGGCUAGCCAUCCGAGCCGGCCUGACGCCCGCCGGCGCCCCGGGUGCCGGCCCCUCUGUCCUCCGUCCCGCCACAGCUCUGUGCAGGGCCCGUCCCCGGCUCGGUGUCCAGCCUUGUGUAAUUUUAGAUAGGUGACGUUUUUUAAAUUAAGUUUUAUAUGUUUGGGGCAAUAUUUUGUCUUAAGAUCUAUUUUUUAAACUUUUUAUACUUUUUUUAGAUUUUGUCAGCUAUUCAAAGUAUAUUUUUCCUAUAAACGUUUUCUGCUGCUACAUUAGGAACUUAUAACCUGAACAGUUGCAGUUGGUGUAUUUCAUCGUUUAAGGUUUAAAUAAGGACUUUGUUUCGGGUGGAACUUCGGGCAGCUCCGUGUAGUGCACGUGUGUCAUGAAUUUCCACUUCACGUCGGUGCGAACCUUCUCCACGUCCUCGCCGGGGGGAGCAGUGCCUCUUAGUCUCCAGUGUCCUUACCGGCUCCUCAGCGCCGGCUGUGUCUUCGUUAGAAUCACAUGCGGAUUCUGGGGGGUUAUUUAUGCCUAUUUAUAUGUAAGUGUUGGAGAAGGGCCCAUCCUGUCCACCGGAGAUCUCGGGGCGGGGUCUCAGGCGGUGCCUUCAGAGGAUCCGACCCUCGCGGCCCCUCCCGUGCCCCUGCCGUGUUCCCAGCGCCACUGGGCUUUCCCUGUGCCCCGCCGCUGUCGAGAGUCCCCCGACGGUGUGAACAUUAAACAAGGGGAACCUCGCUCAAAGGGAGUCAGGAGGCCAGAAGGGGGCUUUCGCGCCGCACCUGCGGACGUCGAGAGUUGCCGGUUACAGACCCUACAGAAGACCCCUGGACGGGAAGGAGUCAGUGCCAGCCACCACGGGAAAAGAUGCACAUUUGCUCUCCCACCAGAAGCUGACGGCCCGCGACCACUCAGCCAGAGAGAAGCCCUCGUCACCCUGGACCCUGCUUCUCUCCAGUGGACUUUGGUUCAGAGCAGCCCUCCCGGCUCCCUCCUUUCUCCGUAAGUGACGUUCCUCCCGUUGGUUGCUCGGGCUUGCCUGUGGUUCUCCCAGGUCGCAGUUCUGUUAUUCCUGAAUAAACCUAGUUUGCUGGUAAAAUAACCGACGUUUAUUUUAAGGUCAACACUGGCCACACUGGUGUGCACGGAGUCUGCCGCGUGCCAGGUGACACUAGUGCUGGGACAGAACCGUAAGGUUAAGUCAGGUCCAGUCCAGAACUAAGGAAGUCUGGACUCCUGCCAUGUAUGGCUUCUCAGUCCCGAGGGCAGUUGAUGGUGGGGUUGGUGGGGCGGUGCCACUUAAGUGGGCUCUGGUGUACCGUGUCUGCACCCCUGAACCUGCCCUGGCCGCGGGGAGUGGCCAGACCUUCUGUAUUGUUUUCACUAGUUUACAAGUAAGACUGUGCUCACCCCGUCCCACCCCUGCCCAGUUGCUGUUUCUCAUGCUUUUUCCUCCUUACCCAGCCCUUAGCCAAAAAAGGUUUGUUUUCUCUCAUGCGUAGGACCAUUCUUUAAUAUCAGUCGUGUAUACACCACUUUAUUAAAAAACUAUCCGACAAACAAAA